AUGGUGAGCACACGCUCUUCAGCUGCUGCAACCACCGCUGCAAACUCGAAGAGCAACCAAGGUGGCCCUUCGCAAUCGGUCCCGCGCCCGUCCACAGCCAAAGGAGGCUCCUCCAAAUUCCCAUACACCCUCCCCUACGUACAGCUAUGUCUGCGUACCCACCCGUACCUCUACCGCACGGGCGUGGGCGAGCAAGGCGUGCUCAUGGUGGAACCGUACAAAUCCGAGCUGCUACCGCACUGGAAGUUCAAGGACCCUGCCGCGGCGACCGCCUCCUCGCGCAACCUCCACCGCAUCUUUCUCUCGUACCUUUCUGAGGACGAUUUCGUCGGGGCCGACCUAGCGCGCAAGUUCAUCCAGAUGGGCUACACGCGCGCACGCCGGUAUGCCAACCACAAGGGCGGUAAAAAGUACGUCUACGAGCAUGACGGAGCAAACAAGGGCAAACGGAGAGAGAUUGCGCGGCUAGAAGUGCAAGACCAGGAUCCAGCCAAAGUCGAGGCGGCGCGGAUCUUCAAGCAGGUUUUAGAUGAGCAGGUGUGGACGAACGCUAGGUACACGAAGCUGAGAGAGGAUCAUAUAGAGUGGGCGAAAACAAGUCCGGUGCUGACAGAGGAGAGUCGAGAGGUGCAAGCGGCCAUACUCAAGGAUCCCAAGAAGCAAAGGGUGGUGAGGAAGUGCCCUGAUCGACAUACCGACCACAACAACAACGAGAAGAACAAGCAGGAAAGGAAAAUGGCAGACGCAACGAUUCCGACAGCAACGGCGAACGAUGCAGUCGACAAGACGACCAUUCCCGCCACAGCCUCAGCGUCCGAAGGUCACGAACUCAAGGAAAGCGCAUCAGAUGUAAAGCAAGAUGGACCAGAUAAUGCUGACGAAGAGGACGCAGCAGAAGCUCAAGACGAUGAUGACGAAGAUGAUGAAGAUGAAGACGAAGACGAAGACGAAGAUUCAUCCGGCGAAGACUCGGCCGCGGGUGGAGGAGACGUAGGCCUAUCGUAUCUGCUCGAAGAUCAUUCCGAUGAAGAAUCGGAAGAUGAAGACUUUCAUGAGUCGCAAGACGAAGACGACGAAGAUGACGAUCCAGAAAUCCAAGAAUCCGACGAAGAGGAUAGCACACCAGCCUCGUCAAGUGCCAAGCGCAAACGUGACCCCGCUGCUGGUCCAGGAAACGGCAUCAGCAAGCGAUCGAAAUGA